AUGGGUGAUUUUAAUCUGCCACGUUGCUCGUGGACCGCUGUUGAUGGUGUGCUUUCGGCUGAUGCUACUGCGAGUGGGGCCAUUCGUAAUUCAGCAUUACGAUUACAGGAUUGCAUGGGCUCUCUUAAGUGUGCUCAGCUCGUCCAGUAUCGGAAUAGUUCGGGAAAUACUCUUGACUUGACCUUUUGCAGUAUUCCGGCGUUCCUUUGUGCAUCAGUGGAUCCGCAUGCACCGUCCGACAGAUACCAUGAGCCUUUGGUCAUUGAUGUCAACUUCGAUGUAGCCACUUCGCCUGACUCUUUACCUCAUAGUGCUCUUAUCUCCUUCAAUUUCAAAAAGGCCAACUAUAGUAAUAUUAAUUCAUCUCUGGUAUCUACUGAUUGGGAUGAUCUUUUUGAUGGCCACCAGCAGGAUGUCGACAUGGUGGUUGGUGGUUUCUACAGAAAGUUGUCUGAAAUUAUUGGCUGCAAUGUACCUCUAAUGGGCUCUUUUGUUGCUAAAUUCCCGAAUUGGAUGUCUGCGGAAUUGAGAUCUGCAGUCUCUCAGAAGAAGUUGGCCCAUCGGACAUUUAAGGCUACGGGGGAUGGUGGUGCACUGCAUGACUUCAGGAUCUUCAGGACGGCUUGUAAGCGCCUUGCGUUACGUGAUUAUGGCCGGUAUAUUGAUAACGUUGAAGAGUCGUUGCAGUCUGAUCCGAGAGAAUUUUGGAAGUUUGCAAAUUGUAAGGAUGGUCGCUCUGGUUAUCCAGAUAAUAUGUAUUUUAAUGAUGUUGCUGCACAUCAUGGCCAGGAUAUUGUUAAUUUAUUUGCGGAUCGAUUCUCAUCGGUUUUUUCUGCGGCCUCUCUUCGGGAUGGCUUUAAUGGGCUUUCCUUCGACUCACAGGCGCUGUCUGAAAUUUUGUUCGUGCUCGAGGAUGUGAAGCUUGGGCUUGUCGGCCUUAAACCAUCGUUCGCGGCUGGGCCUGAUGGGAUUCCGUCGACUUUUUUUAUUAACUGUGCUCAUAAUUUAGCUCAACCGAUUCUUUAUAUUAUGAAUUUAUCUUUACGUACAGGCACCUUUCCAUCGGCCUGGAAACAGGCUUUUGUUAUUCCAGUUUACAAGAAGCGUGGUGACAAGAGAGGAGAAUGUUGA